GGCUUUCACACGUAGUGAAUUUGACAGCAAAGUCAUGCAGCACAGGUCAUUCCAUCAGUCUUUCCGCACCACUUCUUCUGUGAGAAGAGGAGGUCGUGAGACAUCUGGAAAGAGGCUCUUUGUGACAGGUACCAAAAGUACAGGAUGGGCAGCAUCAGGAGGAGGAGCGACGAGGUCCAUCUACCAGAAAUUCCGAGAUGUUGACCUGCUGGACAAGAAGAAGACGAUGACAGCUAUGAAGGCUGGGGAGGACCGGGCUAUUCUCCUAGGCCUGGGCAUGGUCAUUGCGUCGGCCAUGAUGUACUUUGUCCUGGGCAUCACUGUACUGCGCUCCUAUGCAGACAGUGUGUGGACAGAGGGGAGUGUCUGUAUCGUGCUCAACUCCACCAUCACGGCAGACAUGAACUGCUCUUAUAGCUGUGGCUCGGACUGCUGGAGAGGCUCCAAGUAUCCCUGUCUGCAGGUCUACGUCAGUGUCAACACCACGGGCAGGGUCAGCCGCUUAUCCCACAAUGAGGAGAGCUGGGACGCCAACUUUGAGUGUUUCUACGUGCCAAAGUGCCAGAAGGACACCAAUGCCAUGCACCACAUUAUCGUGAACAUCUCAGAGCGCCUGAAGCCGCACCACCAGGUCCUGUGCUACUACGACCCCAGCGACCAGCAGGAGAGUGUCCUCCUGACCCGGCAGUACGGCCACAGUCCCGUCUUCCACUCGCUCUUCUGGCCCUCCUGUAUGCUCACGGGGGGCACCGCCAUCAUCUUCAUGGUCAAACUCACCCAGUACCUCUCCAUUAUGUGCGAGCAGGUUAUCAAGAUCGAAAGGUGAAGCUUGCUGGCGUGGCAGCUGAGAGCGUCAAACAUGGCCGCCAGUCCGGACAGAUGAUGACAUGAAAGGGAUUGUUUCAACCGAAUGACCCUGUGACCUCUUGUAAUGUCGCUCUCUCAGCGCUGAGAGAUUUGGAACAGGUGGCUGGACUGGCUUCUGUUCUGAAACUGACAUCUUGGAAAGCAGAUAAAUGAAUGUUUGACCCCUGUUGCCUGGAAAGCAACUUGCAUGCAUGUUUUCUUACUGAAUAUGUAAGCUUUUUAUAUACAUUUAACAGGCUAUUUGAAAGUUAUUAAAUUAUUCACCAACGCUGAACAUGGGACUUUCACAGAAAGUUGGGUACAAUCCUAAGUGUUGAGUAUUGGUGAGCACUUUAUCUAACACAGAUGACAAUGCCAAGCUACAUUUGUGCUGACGGAGUGAGACAGAGAGUUCAUUCUCCUAAAUUGUCCAAUGUAUUUGCUGAAGAUAACUGUUCACGUCCUACUGUGUCAAAGUUAGAACCCUGUUUCAGUUCCUGUAUGUUCACAAUGAAGAGGGUUAAAGACCAUUGUGGAUAUACUCGAACUAGGUAGAAUAUGCAGAAUCUAAAUGGGGAAAAUGCUGAAUGACACCAUCAACAUAUUUUAGGGGUCAGCUAUAGCUUAUAUUAUUUAUAGUAGAUACCAUUUUAUUGUUCAGUCUGUCAUACAGAACUUGUGUGCUAUGCAGCAACAACAAAAAUCAGUGUCUUGUGUUGCUCUGAUGACAACCCCGGGAAAGCUGCAAAAUCCAUUCUGUUUAUUUUUAAUACAUUUUGCUCUGUAUGCAAUAAAUUGACCUCUCAAAACAUAUACAUGCACUUAUGCCUUCCCAUGGUGAGGCAUAUCAAAAUGAAAUAAAUCCUUUAAUGGUGAAUCAAGUAAUUGUUUACAAAUGAUGCAACUGUAAUAAACCCUACAUUCUUGUUCAGAAAUUCCUUCCUUUGAGGGCAUUUGGCAUAACAGCCUUUGAGCCUUUCCUUGCUUGAGAAAAAUGUCACACCUGGCUUUGCAUUUGUAACGGCGUUCUUCUAUCUCCUCCUCUGACGAAGAGGUAGAAUAAGGAUCGGACCAAAAUGCGGUGUGGUGGUUACUCAUGUUCUUUAAUAAAAGUGAACGAGACAUGAAAUAACUUAUAAUAUACAAAAACCGGAACGAGAAAACCUAUACAGCCUGUCUGGUGAACAACUACACAGAGACAGGAACAAUCACCCACAAAAACACUCACAGAAUAUGGCUGCCUAAAUAUGGCUCCCAAUCAGAGACAACGAUAAUCACCUGACUCUGAUUGAGAACCGCCUCAGGCAGCCAUAGACUAAUUAGACACCCCACAAAACCCCAAGACAAAAAACACACCACAAUAACCCAUGUCACACCCUGGCCUGACCAAAUAAAGAAAGAAAACACAAAAUACUAAGACCAAGGCGUGACAGCAUUAGACUGGCUUUGGAUAGAAAUACACAUUUUAUGGCUGCAUUAAUCACAUCUUGUAUAUAGACUCCCCUUUUUGUUUUUUCCUACUGUGUUAUUGACUUGUUAAUUGUUUACUCCAUGUGUACAUUUACAUUUAAGUCAUUUAGCAGACGCUCUUAUCCAGAGCGACUUACAAAUUGGUAACUCUGUGUUGUCUGUUCACACUGCUAUGCUUUAUCUUGGCUAGGUCGCAGUUGCAAAUGAGAACUUGUUCUCAACUAGCCUACCUGGUUAAAUCAUAAAAAAUAA